GAAGCGGGGCGGACCGAGAAAAGCGGAGCUGAGGGAGCUCUGAGAGCCGCGGCCGCCGCCACUGCCGCGGCAGGGGCGUGGAGGGCAGGGGCGGCCCAAGCCGAAGUUGCAAACAUGGCUCAAAGCAGAGACGGUGGAAACCCCUUCGCCGAGUCUGGCGAGCUUGACAACCCCUUUCAGGACCCAGCUGUGAUCCAGCAUCGACCCAGCACGCACUAUGCUACUCUUGACGUCUACAACCCUUUUGAGACCCGGGAGCCACCACCAAGCUAUGAGCCUCCUGCCCCUGUUCCGAUAGCUCCGCCCUCAGCUCCACCCUUGCAGUCCUCAAGAAAACUCAGCCCCACAGAACCCAAGAACUAUGGCUCCUACAGCACCCAGGCUUCAACUGCAGCAGCCACAGCUGAGCUGCUAAAGAAACAGGAGGAGCUCAACCGAAAGGCAGAGGAGUUGGACCGAAGGGAGCGAGAACUGCAGCAUGCUGCCCUGGGCGGCACAGCUGCUCGACAGAACAAUUGGCCCCCUCUACCUUCUUUUUGCCCAGUUCAGCCCUGCUUUUUCCAGGACAUCUCCAUGGAGAUCCCCCAAGAAUUUCAGAAGACAGUAUCCACCAUGUACUACCUCUGGAUGUGCAGCACUCUGGCUCUUCUCUUGAAUUUUCUUGCCUGCCUCGCCAGCUUCUGUGUGGAGACCAGCAAUGGCUCAGGCUUUGGGCUCUCUAUCCUCUGGAUCCUCCUCUUCACUCCCUGCUCCUUCGUCUGCUGGUAUCGCCCCAUGUACAAAGCUUUCAGGAGUGACAGUUCAUUCAAUUUCUUCGUUUUCUUCUUCAUUUUCUUCGUCCAGGAUGUUCUGUUUGUCCUGCAGGCCAUUGGCAUCCCAGGUUGGGGGUUCAGUGGCUGGAUCUCUGCCCUGGUGGUGCUGAAGGUCAACACAGCCGUAGCUGUGCUCAUGCUGCUGGUUGCUCUGUUCUUCACUGGCAUCGCUGUGCUGGGAAUUGUCAUGCUGAAGCGGAUCCACUCUUUGUAUCGCCGCACAGGUGCCAGCUUUCAGAAGGCCCAGCAAGAGUUUGCAGCUGGUGUCUUCUCCAACCCUGCGGUGCGAACCGCAGCUGCCAAUGCAGCCGCUGGGGCUGCAGAAAAUGCCUUCCGGGCCCCAUGACCCCUAACUGGGAUGCCCUGGCCCCGCCACUUGAGGGAGGCGACUAGCCCCCAUCCCUGAGGUCUCUGGGACUUUGAGACAUCACUGUUUGAUGUCUCCACUCUAGUACCCCCAAUCAUACAGCCAUGACUGCUGAACCUGACUUAAGGGUGUGGGGAGCCCAGUGUGACCCAGUCACUGCUUCCCUCCCACCCUUCGAUCAGGCCACACUGCUGCCACAACCACACACCCCGACCCGCUUCCCUCUGCUGUGCCAAGGCUGUUGCUUCGGUUAUUUAAAUAAAAAGAAAGUGGAACUGGAACACAAA